GCCAGCGCUGCACAUGUAAGCUAUGACGGAUACAGUCAAGCUCGAAGGAGCAAAUGCAUUUCUCAUCCGACUCCGCAGCCUCGUCCAGCCAUGCAUUUCCAACUGCAAACGUUCAUUCAAUGGCGAAAGGCUAGAAAAUAUGACCUCUAUCCCCAACGCCGGGAGCCAUCCUGAUGCGACAUAUGCCAACACGAACUGCCGGAAUAACAUGCGGGAUAUCGAUGAUUCUGCGGAGCCAAUCCAAAAACGCCCAAGAGCACGUACUUUUCAUGAAGUAAUUUCUAAUCGUGAUACAGAUAAUGACGAUAAUAAUUCAACUGCCCGUCAGUCAUUACCUCAGCCAACACAGCUAUCCCAAAGUCAACCUGAAUUUCAACUUCAACUUCAACCUCAACUGGAAUGCCAGUGUCAGACACUGCCACCCCCUCCGCCCCGGACGUUCGAAAACCUUGAGAUUGCUACGACGUACAUCGAGACUUGGGCCAUCGCAAGCGGAUAUAGGAUAGUCCCUCCGCGUCGCAAGCAACCCGAUUCCAAGGAUCACUCUAUCCAUCUGAUUUGCGACGGGAUUAGGAAAUUUUACAAGGAUCCCGAAAAUGGCGCCCCUAUACCACUAGAAAACAAAGGGGUUAGAAAAGGAACGAAAUCAAAACAACCUGCUGUGAAAUCGCGCAAAAUAGCAUGUCCCUUUCGGCUGAGUCUACUGCUGAAAAUGGGGGUCUGGCAUGUAGAUGUAUCCAACCCUUCGCAUAAUCAUGGCCGGCUACCACUGCAGGCGAUUACCACGGGGCCAGAGCGGAAGAGAGGCAGACCCAUUGGCAGUCGUACUUGCCGUGGUGGUCGAGAAAAGUUUGUGCAAUUAGAAGGCGGUGGAGCAAUGAUUUCCUUCCGGUUUGAUAAUGACACCGAAGCGACGAAAUAUCUCAAGCAGCAGGGACCGUGACUCGGGUACCAGAACGGAGCGAACGCGAUACUGAGGGCACAAUGUGAAGACACGUUUGGCUACAAUAAGAGGACAUACUUACAUUUCCCGCCUUACGGACGGACGGCUAGAGAACGCGGAGAAGAAGCGCCCUGAACUACCAUUCCUCCCUGGAAGGCAAUAGGCUAAGCCCUAGGAUGUUCAAGCACCCAACAGAAGAGAUGCCGGGGAAGUAACGCUUAAAGGGGAAAGAUACGCCCGCCGAAUUCCCAGAAAAUUGCACAGUUAUGUGAGCGGGCCAGACAAGCAUUGCAGAGCCGGGAAGGAAUACGUUCCCUGGCAUAAACGUUUGGAUGGAACAAGCCAACAUUCCAACCACAUAAAAGUGACGAUUGGUACGAGAGGUUAGGGCCGGAGCUGGGGAUUGAAGAGAAGCUGCAGACGCGGCAAGAAUAAUGGUUGCACGCGCUCGAAAUAUAUCCUAUCCAGCCACCAUUCCUGGUGGUACUAAAUAUCGUUAUUUCACCCCCUCGUCGACGGCCAGACUGGGCAGAAAUAAACAUGAGAUCUGAUUUCCUUUUUAUCGAUCAAUCAAUAUUUUCUCUGCUUCCCAUGUAAUUUCGCUUCAUAGUCCGCAAACGCAAUCCUGGCCAAGGGCCACUUGCUAGCCGUUUCGGAAUCUUAAUUCAUACAGGUGAAUAGAAGCGGUGGCAUCUAAUUAAACUAUCAAUAACCUACACUACACGUUUCUUGGGUCAUAAUGGUUGCGUAUAACUGAAAGAUACAUUGGGUGAAAUGGCCAUAGUUUCACAUGGGGCCAGAACAAUCUGUUGCCUGUAGGAUAAUAUUCAUCAAUGCUGCAAGGUAUAAAUGAUGACUAGAACCGCAUCGGCAUGAAGGCUCGGUUGAAUCCCUUGAAGUAGCAUCUCAAAAGGCGAUGAGGAGUUGAGCGUGAUGAGAGUGUCUGACAUUCGCGACAUGAUUCAUUAAAUAUAUAUAACGGAGACUACAAACAGAUAUCAUGAUGAAUGUGCAAUUUAUUAUAUACAAGUGGUGUAUGCGCAACGUCAGUUGAGCGACAAUCCAGCCAAUCACAUGUUCGAGCGUGCCCUAAUCAAUCUCUGGCCCCAUAGUUUGUAUUUCUAAGCCA